AUGGGCCAUCUACAUUACCUCAUUUACCCAGACAACGACCCCAAGCUUGCCAGACUAGCCGUGCACUGGGCCACAACUCUAGUGUUCCUAUGGAGCUUUUGUUUCAACUUCGGCACAAUGGCAAUCUGGGUGUUCAUGAUCGCAAGCGGCAACCCUCCUUCGCCCAACUUCAUCUUCAUCUACGGCAUAGCUGAUAUGGCGUUGCUUACCGUACUGCUCCUGAUCUUGGCAUUCUUGAGCGUACGUGUCUCCUGGGUCGAGCGAUACUUCAUCUACCCUUCGGUUCCCGGUCUCUUCUACGCGGCCAAGAGCCUCCUCCGCCGGUUUCGUAAGACGUGGCAACGCAUCAGGGCGCUAAGGUCGAAUGAAAUACCCGAGACCGAGACCGAGACGGACUGGCGACAGGCUUACGGAAGCAGCUCGGGGGAUCCAUAUCAAGCGGCAUCGAUGAUAGUCUUCCCGUCGACAUCUGCAGAGAGCGUCGUCGAGGAUUUCCCUGCAUACGACGAAGACGGCGGUGGUAGCUCAGCCAGGGCCCCAGAGGAGGGGACGACGUACGAGCUCUUCCCCAACGCGCACCUGCAUGAUCCUAACAGUGGCAGCCACCCGUCGCGCAGCAGUCUGCUCAAAGCGAAAGGACCGGAUCGUCGUCCCGAUAGCCACCGAACCAGCAGCGCAACGUCGUCGAUGCCCUCAAUAUCGGAGCUUCAAGAACUGGACAUCGACGAUGACAUCCGGCCGAGUGGGAGUGUCCGACCGCCGCGGGAAACUCACAACGGAAACCGGAGCCAUACAGGAAGGGAAGAAAGAAGGAUUGGCAAAGUGCCGCAGCACCAUGUCCAAUAUUCGCCCGCAGACAUUCAGCAUCAUAAUAGCGUGCAUGCCGUCGUCGUCGUCGAUGACCCUCAGCAGGGUUCCUCGCAAGAUGGCGCUCCGAUCAGGUAUAAUGAUACACUUGUUCCUAAAGAGUCUCUGGUGAUGGUGCGGGGAACGAGACUCGAGGAAACGGGUCGGGAUGUUGAACUGAACUUUGAGUCUUUUAGAGAGGUUCGGUGUUAA